CUUAAAACUAGCUUAUACUUUUAUUUAUAUAUCACAAAACAAGACAAAGGAAGAGAUUUUCCUUGUUUAUAAUGGAAACUAAUCUUUUAUUGAAGAUAGAUAAUGAUGAUUUCCAUCAAGAAGUUGAAAAUCAUGAACAUGUUGAGAAAGAAGAAGUUCAUGAAACUACAACUGGUGAAAUAGAAGAUGAUGAUGAUGCUUCACUUUCUUUGCAAGAUAACACAAAAAUAAAAGAGUUAAGUGCUUUAGAAAUGGAGAUGGAAAAUAUGAAAGAAGAAAACAAAGCAUUGAGGAAAGUGGUGGAACAAACAAUGAAAGAUUACUAUGAUCUGCAAACAAAAUUUUCAGUCAUCCAAGAAAAAAAUAAUAAUAAAAGAAAGGAUCAUCAUCAACUUUCUCUCUCAUUACAAGACAAUAAUCCAACCACAAGUGGUGAAGGGCCAUCUAGAUUGAUUCAUGAGAUGUUUAGUAAAAGCAUUCAAAGAGCUUCAUCUCCAAUAAUACUGAGCAAUAGUGAUGAUAGUAUAAGUGAGAGUGAUUUGGGUUUAUCACUAAGGUUGCAAACAAGGACUUGUGAGAAAGAUAUUGAAGAAAAUAAAGAAGGGAAAAAAGAAGAAUUGGCUGGUUUUGAAUCAGUGCAGAAUAAAUUUCAGAGAGUGCAUGAGUUGCCUGGUAUUACUACUACUCAUCCUGCUUAUUCCCCUCCUAAUAGAAAGGCUAGGGUUUCUGUUAGAGCAAGAUGUGAAACUGCCACAAUGAAUGAUGGGUGCCAAUGGAGAAAAUACGGACAAAAAAUUGCUAAAGGAAAUCCAUGUCCACGAGCCUAUUAUCGUUGUACUGUAGUUCCAGGUUGCCCGGUUAGAAAACAGGUGCAAAGAUGUAUAGAUGACAUGUCUAUACUAAUUACAACAUAUGAAGGAACACAUAACCAUCCACUACCUGUUGGUGCAACUGCAAUGGCUUCAACAGCUUCAGCAGCAGCUUCAUUUAUGUUACUAGAUUCAAGCAAUCUCAAUUCAGAUUAUGGUUACACAUCUCAACAAACCUAUAAUCCUUACAUUAACAAUACCUUCCACCACCCAUUAAACCCGUCUUCAAAUAUUAGAAGCAUAAACCCCAAUGAUCCAUCACAAGGGAUUGUUCUUGAUCUCACCAACAACAAUAAUCUCAACGAACCAGCGCGGCGUUUUUCUAUGGCAGGUAGCUCAAGCUCCACCUCCAUCGCAACCGAUCAACCUCGUUUUCCUUGGUUGCAAAACAAAUUUCAACAGAAUAGUAGUACUAGUAGUGCUAAUAUUGGAAUGAACACUUUUCAAAACCCUAGAGUACCAUUGGAUAUUCAUGAUAGAAUUUGGAAAGGAUCAGAAGAAAGUAGUAAUACUAAUAACAAUGUGUCUGCAAUUGCAUCAGAUCCUAAGUUUAGGCUUGCUGUUGCAGCUGCAAUUUCAUCACUCAUGAAUAAAGAAAGCAACAACAGUACUACUACUCAUGGUAGCAACAAUUAGAUCAUUGAUCAAUUACCUCUUUAUGGUAAAUCCAGUAUUUGAUUUUUUUUUUCACUUUACAAUAAUAAUAAGUUUGUUUUGAAGACAAGAUAGAAGAAGCUGUUGAAGCCAUAGCAGUUGCACCAGUAAUACUAAGUGAGUUAUAAACAUUACAUUUUUCACAUCUUGAUAUAUAAAUAAUUAUAUUCCUAUUAUGAGGGAGGUUAUAUACUAGUUAAUUAUGUUUUACUUGUAAUUUGUAUGAUAAUAAUUAUGUAACGAAAUAUUGCUGAAACUCAUAUCAGAUUCUUUUCUUUUUUAUGUUCUAUAUCUUCAUGGGAAUUUGAUUGACUAAUGACUAUCAUUCAUGAUUGUGUAUUCUGUUCUUAAAAAAGGUAAAAUUAAUUAGUAGACACUAAUUCAAGCACAAAAUGCGCAAAGAUUAUAUUAAACUAAUAUACAGAUGUCUAUAAAAAAACCACCACAUUAAUAU